AUGCUUUAUACAAAUGAGAAGUUAGUGCUUCUGGCUGGUUUCACCGUUAGAUUGUUGUUAUCUAUUGGGUUUUCUGGUCUACAGUCUUCAUUGGAUAAUUCUGUAGAGUUUUCAACACCUUUCACUUCCUUUAAAUCUCUACAAGAAGGUAUAUUUCUUUUGAAUAAUGGGUUCCCAUUGUACAGUGGUGGUGUAGUCCAUCAAUCUCCGUUGUUGGUUUAUUUUAUUGCAUUUUUCAAUUCAAAUUUAGCCAUAUCUGUCUUGUAUGCAUUAAUCGAUAGUAUUAUUGCUUAUCAACUUUUGGCUAUAUCAAAAUGUUUUAGAAACUUUCAAUCUAAAUCUACGUGGUAUAUUGCAUUAUUAUAUCUGUUUAAUCCAUUAGUUUUGCUUUCGAAUAUAAGUCGAUCGUCAAUUUUGUUUUCAAACGUUGCAAUUUCAACAGCUUUAUUGUAUUCAUUAAAGGGGAAUUAUUUAAUAACAGGUGUUUCAAUUGCUAUCUCUGGAUAUCUAUCGUUAUAUCCAUUGUUAUUAGUGAUUCCCUUGUUGGGAAUUUUACGUUCAAAUACUUCAAGAAUUAAUUUGCUAUCUACAGUUGUUGUUACUUUAGCAAUUUUAUUAGCCGUAAGUUUUAAUACUUCUGGUAACAAUUGGGAUUUCAUUAAAUUAAAUUACAUUGCAUUAUUGAACUUCGAAAAAUUGUCUCCAAAUUUGGGUCUAUGGUGGUAUUUCUUUAUAGAAAUGUUCGAUGUGUUCAUCCCAUUUUAUCAUUCUGUAUUCAAUUUAUUCGUGGUAUCUUUUGUUACCCCAUUCACCAUUAGAUUUUAUAAACAACCUUUAUAUGCAUUCAUUUUAUCUAUUGGUUGGAUAACUUUAACAAAACCAUACCCAACUUUAGGUGAUUGUGGGUUUUUCCUAGGUUUUAUUCCCUUUUUCAGUCCUAUAUUUGGUUAUAUGAAAUAUUCUGCGUUUACAACUUUAUUAUUUCUUCAUGCAAUGGUGCUGUCACCCAUUUUUUAUCAUCUAUGGGUAGAUUUAGGUUCUGCUAAUAGUAAUUUCUUUUAUGCAAUUUCAUUGGUAUAUGCUUUAGCAAUUGCAUCAUUGAUUGUUGAUUUAAUUUGGGCAAUGUUACGUAUGGAGUAUGACAAGGGUAAACCGGAUUUCAAAUCAAAACUGACUCAGCUUUGA